AUGCUCCCGGUGCUGCGGCAGUUUUCACGCGAUCUUCACAAGGAUGCGAAAAACUUCUGCUCCCGGCGAGCACGUAAGCCUCUGAACACGGAAUGGCUAGAACCUGCUCCUCUCGAGGCUCUCGAUGGGACGGAGCUGGCGGAGAAGUUACAAGCACUGCGGGAGCGGUUGCAGAAAGCAGAAGAAGGCGUUGCAUCAGAAGCGAUGGACAAUGUGCCGGAGGAGAUGUCUGAUAUCGCUGCUUCCCUUGAAGAACUCUCUGGAGAUGCCAUGGAUCGAUCGGCACGUCGCCUGCACUUCUCCUUGCAGCAGCGUCUCGCAAAGCUCCAGGGUCGAUUUCAAGCAUCCUGGAAGCUGGCACGAAAGGACGAGCCCGGGGUGGGGAGCCGCGUCCUGGCAGACUCUGAGCUCUUGCGAUUGUCUUCUGAGCAGGAGGAAGCUGUGGCAUACGAGCACAGCUUGUUCCUUCAAGGUCGGUCGGGCACAGGGAAGACCUUGGUGCUGGUGCAGCGGAUCAUUCAUCGCAGGGAACGUUGGACUUCUGGAGAUGUGAAGCCCAAGUCCCAGCUUUUCGUCACGAAGUCGCAGCUUUUGAGAGACACCGUAGUGAAGCAGCUUGAGUCGGCGAAUGUCCCAGUCAUCUCUGCUCCAGGGCAUCAAGCAUGGCCUGCGAGUGGCAAAGUCUUGUGCUUCACGUGGAACCAGCUGGUUUCACAUUUCAGCAUGUCAGCCGCGGGCGGUUGCAUCGGGUUCAGAGAGUUCGAGCAGCAUAUCUAUCCGCAGCUGCAGCGAACUUUCAAUGGCUUAUUGACUUUGUCCGCAAAAGCCGUUUGGACUGAAUUUUCCUGCAGCUUGCGCCCGUUUGUCCACUGGCACUGGAACGGGUUAAGCCUCGAUGAAUAUCUCAAGAUGACAGUGAGCGGACAAGGUGUCCAUCUGACACCUGCUGACCGUCGAGCCAUUCACCGAGCAUUUACGGAGUACACUGUCAUCAAGGAGAGGAUGCGCAGGAAGGAUGAGAUCGAUGUGGCCAUCGCGCUUCGCGAGCGCAUACGUGGUGCUAGCCGCGUUCAUGAAGUGUACGUGGAUGAAGUUCAAGAUUUCGCGCCCACCGAACUUGCGGCUUUGCUAGACAUUUGUGGAGACAGGGACGGCUUUACGGUCGCCGGCGACACAUGUCAGACAAUAAACCCAGGAAGCGCUUUUUGCUUCGUGGACAUCAUGCAAGCACACACGAAGAUCUGGGAGCUGCGAGGACACAAGUCUGUAGAGGAUGACACGGAAGAUGGCUUGCAUGUGUUGCGAUACAACUAUCGUUGCGCACCUGGUAUUCGAGCCCUCGCCAAUUCAAUCACCGGGCUGCUGUUCAGCAGGUUUCCUCGUGCUGCAGAUGAUAUUCAAGAGAUAGACGACGGACUCAAGAUGCGUGUUCGACCCCUUCUGCUUGAGACCAACCAUCCAGCGGAGGCUAUUGCCGGAACCUUGCAUUCCAGGGUAGGAACCGGAUGCUUGCAGCUGGAUUGGGCUAUAGAUGCCAGCUCUACGGCCGUCCUGGCGAAAGGCUUGGAGUUCGAUCUGGUUCUCAUCGUCCAGCUGCUUGGGAAGUCGGCCCACACGCGCGCCGUCGGAUCUUUGGCGGAUCCCAGCUCAGAGGGUUCUCAGCUUGCGGUGUUCGCGGCAUCAUCGCAAGAAGGCGACAUCUUUCUGCAGCACAGCCAGACUUUCUAUGAGAUGGCUCCUGCGAUACAUGAGUUCAAGGUCCUCUAUACUGCCAUCACGCGUGCCAAGUUUGGAUGCGCCAUCUUAGAAGUCAACGCAAGUUGUAGCGAAUGGAGCCCUUUGCUGUCCCUUUGGUCAAAGGAGGGAGUGGUGGAGCACUUGGCAAGCUUGGAUGUUUACAAUCGAAGAGUCAAGUCGGGCAAGCAGUGCUCGGAUUUGGGCUUAGAUGGCUUAGAUCGUUUGGCAUCAUGUCCAGUUGCAGACGAUGCGAGCUUGGUCUCAGACUCGAGCUGUGACAUCACGCUGCCUGAGUUCGUCGCUUGGUUGGAAGCAGAACUAGAACACAGGCAGGGCCGAGACCAUCGACGACCAAGAGCCCUGCUACGAUCCGAGUUGGCAAAGGUUGACGAUGAGGACUUCCAGCUGAACCUUGCCUUCUGCCAGGAGUUCGGUGAACGCCACGGGUUUCUGGUUGAACCCAACUUCGCAUGGAAGAGGCCUGCUCCUGCUGCUCCUGCACCCGUGCAGAUGCAGUCAGGUAGGAGUGUCAGAACGGCCCGAUCACACGAAGUUCCUGCAGACCUGCCGGCACUGAUCACCUUCAUGCGCCAGCAUUUUCAGCGCAAGGUCCUGGAAGAUCUGCGGAUCCCUUUGCAAGAGCAGCAGGAACAAGCAUUGCAGCUUCUGAUGCAUGCAUUGGACAGCCCCCUCGAGCGUGCAGAGAUCUUCAAGGAGUCCUUGCAGGUAGCCAGGCGUGGCUUGGCGUUGUGCGACAUGGUGUUGCAGGUGCAACUUCAAAACAGCGGCAGAGAAGAGGCACCCCGUCAGCUUUGGAGCCCCGUUGGGUUUGCUGCUUCCCCGGACCAGUGGAGAAGGCAGCUAGCUGUUCUUAUGCAGGAUGCAUCAAAGCCGAGACAGAAGAGUCCAUUGCGCAAGCUCCAGAAGAUAAGGCUGUGGGAAAGCAUCUUCUCCUUCCUCGUGCCUGAGUCAACAUGCAUGUGUGGCCAUGUCAGCUUGGUUGCAGAGGUGUUGGAGCAUGCCGUAGCAAGGCAUGCCCUGCAGCAGAUACUCGUCCGAUCGAAAGCGGGCUAUCGACUGGCAACUGCAGCAUCAAAGGUUGAUCUUGGAUCAUGUGUGACAGGGCUGGAGGAGUGGAAAAGGCAGAUGUCACUGCAUGCCAAGCGACCGAAGUGGUUGCAGUGGCACAAGCACUGGCUGGCUGUCGCGGAGCUCGUCUCCUGUUCUGCUGAAGCUGCACUGGGAACGAGCGGCAGAUGCACCUGUGAUCGAGGAUCGGAAGCAUUUCACAAGAAAGGCUGCAGCUGCCUGCAGAAGAGCCGCCUCGAUCCACUGGUGGAGCGCAAGCCUAAGACGGCGAGGGAACAUCGCUGGAAGCGGCUCACUCUGAAGCUUUUUGCCGGUGCUGCUUUGGAGAAGAUCGCAAAGGGGCCUCGACCCCCCAAUCUGCCGGCUCUCGCGGUUGAGUUUCGCAAGCCUCUUUGGAGAAUCACUUCGUCAGACUUUCGGUCGCUCCUGCAGAAUGCAGAAGGAAUUCUGGAAGAGACCGAGACAUCGCUUCAGAGGCACCUUGCGCGAAGCUCCCAACGUUACAUCCAAUGCAGCGAGGCCGGUCGUGCAUUCCUUUGUGCGGGUGACUCUGUCAACGCGGCAAAGGCACUGACAGAGGCAAUGGCAACGGCUCAGGAGAUUCUGAUGUUGGGCAGGCAACAUCCAAUCCUCUUGCGACCACGCGGCCCGGUAAAGGCGGAAAUCGAAGCCUUGAGCAAACCAUUCAAUCCGGACUCUUGCAUGUCGGCAUCUGCAGACUAUGCAUCACGUUCUGGGGUGUGUUACGCGGCGGCUCUUUGCUGGGCCGACUUGACAGAGAGCAUGGAAACAGGCAUUGACGUGUCAGAGGCGUGGUCUCAAGCAGAAACAGCCUUUGCAAACAUGCCAGAUGCGUUUCGGGCUGCAGUGUGUGCAGCGCAGUGUCAAAGAUGGCAUGAUUCCUGCUUCUACCUGAGUCGCAGCGACAGCAGAAGCAAGAAUGCUGAAGCUCUUUUGUUUUUGUGUCUUGCUGCACAGGCUUUGUUUCCAAGUCGGUGA